AUGCCACACUCAAACCACUCGCACAGCGGUCAAUUCUGCUCACAUGCCAAAGACUCGCUCGCGUCCGUUCUGCAGCGUGCUCACGCAUUAGCCUUCACUCACUUCCAUCUUAGCGAGCACGUCCCACGCCAACAUGCCACCGAGCUCUACCCGGAGGAGGUCGAAGCGUCCAUCACUCCAGAUUCGCUCCGGGCAACGUUUCGAGAGUAUCUUGAGGCAGCGAGGUGGCUGCAGAACGAGUAUGCGGGGAAGGAGAUGCAUGUGCUGGUCGGCUGCGAGACGGAGAACAUCACCAGUCCGGGGACGCUCGACUACCUCACCGCUGUGCUGGGCAGCCAGGCGGGCACUGAGCCGGAGCUGAUCGGAAAGGGAGUGGUCGACUACAUAGUCGGCUCACUCCACCAUACGAAUGCGAUUCCCAUCGACUUUGACCGUCAGACUUUCGACAGGUCUGUUGCAAGCUUCCAGUCCACUUCUAUGGAUGCACACCUGCAACUGAUCAACCGGUACCUCGACGACCAGCUCGAGGUGCUGCAGCGACUCAAACCCGAGGUGAUCGGCCACUUUGACCUGUUUCGACUCUUCACGCCGCAACUCAAGCUCGAUGCGCCAGAUGUCUGGGACAAGGUGGAACGCAACGUGCGGUUUGCCGUCGAGUACGGCGCGCUAUUCGAGUGCAACGCUGCUGCUUUCAGGAAGGGGUGGAACACGUCGUAUCCAGGGAGGGAGAUUUUGGAUCUGAUUGUGGGGAUGCAGGGGAGGUUGUGCCUCUCGGACGAUUCGCAUGGCGUACAAGCUGUCGGGUUGAACUAUCUGCGACUGAGAGACUAUCUGGUAGAGGCGGGCGUCGAGACCAUCUGGUACCUGGAGAAGGACGAGGGUCAGACGGAUGAGAAGGAAGGAGAUGGCAGGCCAAUAAGGUUCGCGCGCGGAACAGUGGCAAAGGCGAUGGGUUCCGAGUGGAAGACACAGCCAUUCUGGACGACGUUUGCUGCGGCGCUCGAGUCGGAAUCAUAG